AAGGGCCAUGGGGUUCACACUGACUUAAAUUAAUCGCCAAAACCACCGUCAACCUCCCUCGCCGUUUCGUUGUCAUCGAGAUCGAUCGAUCGAUCUGAGCUAGCUAGCUGCCUUCCUUUCUUCAACGCACUUCAACGACGGCCGGCGGCUGCGACGACGACGGCGGUGGCGGCCUUUCUCUCGACUUCUUACCAUCGUCCUUCAUCCAGGACGCCUUUUCCUUCUUUCGAUUACUUUUCAAUAGCCGCAAAGAUUUCCCUUUUUCAACUCUUUACCUAAGAAAUAUACAGAUUCACAAAAAGGGUAUACAGAAAAACACGACUUAGAGGAGGAGGGAUGCACGUGUGGAGAAAGUUAUGUUACUGCGGCGUCUCAGAUGGAUCAUAGGCUUCAAUCAUCAAAGACUUUCAGGAGCAGCGAUUGGCACAAAGAGAUUGCCUAAUGUAGAGAAGUCUCCUCCUGUGCCACCAAAACCACCUCCUUUGCCGACAAAGAAACGAAGAAAGAAGCCAAUGUUGGAAGCCGUGCAUGAAGUUGCCAUCUACAUUCAUCGUUUUCACAAUCUGGACCUCUUCCAGCAAGGAUGGUAUCAGAUUAAGAUUACAUUGAGAUGGGAAGAUGACCAAAAUACUAUUGGGACUCCAGCAAGAGUUGUUCAGUAUGAAGUGCCGGAUCUGGGAUCUGCUGAAUAUCAUGGUGUUUGGAAGAUUGAUGAUGAGGAUCACAGCUUCACAACUCAGCCAUUCAGGAUCAGAUAUGCGAGACAGGAUGUUUUGCUAUCUGUAAUGGUCUCAUUCAAUCUAGCUUUGGGUAAAUUUGAGGGUCCACCCACAUCUGCUGUUAUUUUGAAAUUUGAGCUUCUGUAUGCACCUAUAUCAGUUGAAGGGUCUGUUCCUCAGAUUACCAUGGAUCCUACUUCUGCAGCAGUCCAUGAGUUCAGAAUACCUCCCAAAGCACUCAUAGGAUUGCAUACUUAUUGCCCGGUGCACUUUGAUGCUUUCCAUUCCGUGCUAAUGGAAACUACUGUGCAUAUUACCCUACUAAAUGGUUUUAUUCAUAGUGCCCGAUCGAAGGUACCCAGUGAUCCUUCUGCCCUUCAAGAUGUCACCGUUGAAAUUGUUGACAAAUCAAAGCAGGUGAUGCUUGUUAGAGCUCUAUUAACUGCCCGAGAUAUACUUCUUGAGGAGCUUAAAAGUCUCAGGAAAGAAAUGGAUCAAACAAUAGAUAUGUCUGAUAUUGACAAUAUGGAUGAUUCAAAGUCAAUAAGUUCUUGGCUAAGAGGUCCUGGAGUUGCUGUUACAGAAGUUCCAGGUGAAGCAACUGGUGAAAAACAAAUGAGUUCUGAGAUAUCAAAUGGUGUUAUUGACAUUCAGAGUGAUGAAUUUCUUCAAUCCUUAUCCCCCGCAGAGAUUUUGAAUGCUUUUAACACCCUUGGCAGUCAAGUUCUGUAUUUGUGGAACAGUUUUCUGAAAUUGCACAGGGCUCACACAAAAAAGAUUCUAGAACAUCUGCAUGAUCUUUGGGCUAAUGAUCGGAAGGCUGAAUGGUCGAUAUGGAUGGUGCACUCAAAAGUUGAUAUGCAUCAUCACUACAUAAAUAGCAUGCAGCCAGUCUUGCGGAAGUUAACUGAAGAUCCUGCACAAUCUGCAGCUAUGCGUGCUGACCUUCAUAGGCGAAGCAUUGAGCAAAUGAGAAUAAAUAAUCGAUCUAUUCAAGACAUGCAUAUAUUUGGAGACCCUUUAUGCAUUCCCAUAAUUAUUGUUGAGAGAGUUAUCAAUGCUCCACUGCGAACUUCAAGUGGGAACUCAUACUUUAAUAAUCCUUCCCUUAGAGUAUCUGGUUUACUGAAUGAUAUUAGCUCCAAGCCCAAAAACAAACUCUCUGAUGAAAGCAGUAAGCAAAGUCGUGUACUGAAGAUAGUAGUAUUUGUUCAUGGCUUUCAGGGACAUCAUUUGGACCUAAGGCUUGUCCGGAAUCAGUGGCUUUUGCUUGAUCCAAAGAUCGAAGUUCUGAUGUCGGAGGCAAAUGAAGAUAAAACAUCUGGCGACUUCAGGGAAAUGGGACAAAGAUUGGCUCAAGAAGUGACUUCUUUUGUCAAAAAGAAAAUGGAUAAAGCCUCAAGAACUGGACAUUUAAAAAGUAUAAAGAUUAGCUUUGUUGGGCAUUCAAUUGGAAACAUCAUACUAAGAACUGCCUUGACAGAGGAGAUUAUGGAACCCUAUUUGAGAUACUUGUACACAUAUCUAUCUGUAUCUGGUCCACAUUUAGGCUACCUGUACAGUUCAAACUCUCUGUUUAAUUCUGGGCUGUGGCUCCUGAAGAAGCUCAAGAGCACACAGUGUAUCCAUCAGCUUACUUACACUGAUGAUCCUGACCUCCAAAACACUUUUUUCUACAAACUCAGCAAGCAAAGGUCACUGGAGAAUUUCAAGAAUAUCGUUCUUCUAUCAUCUCCCCAGGAUGGUUAUAUUCCAUAUCACUCUGCGAGAAUAGAGUCGUGCAUGGCUGCUUCUGUAGAUAACUCCAAAAAAGGCAAAGUCUUUCUGGAAAUGUUGAACGAAUGCUUGGACCAGAUACGAGCACCAUCCCAAGAACAACGAAUUUUCAUGAGAUGCGAUGUAAAUUUUGACACAUCUUCUCAAGGCAGGAAUUUGAAUACCAUGAUUGGACGGGCUGCCCAUAUAGAAUUCCUAGAAACUGAUAUUUUUGCGAGGUUUAUCAUGUGGUCAUUUCCCAAUCUUUUUAGGUAAAAAAAUCUUCCUGUAAAUACCGUCUUCAAAUUAUCACACUUCACUACUAGUUUCGGCUCCUGGUAUUUAGGUAAGUUACAUGUUUGAGAGUGAUUCUCAAACUUUAAUAGAUGAGCCUCUCUAUAGACCUAACUAACCCCCACCACCAUUUGGAGCUGAGGAUUGAUUGCAGAUGUAACAAUGUAUAAUUGAAUUAUUCACCUACUUUUGACUUUAGGUGAAACCGAAACCAAUAUUGCUCACGUGUGGAAAAAAAACUUACUAUAGUAGGAUUCCACAGGUGUUGCCUUUAGACAACAAUUGUAUUUUGAACCUAGUACAAAUGUUUUGUGAUUGAUUUCCUUUUGUUUUGGUAACUAGAGCUUUGUUCAAUUGUCACAUAUACAAAUGUUUCCUCUUUCCCGGGUUUAUGAUUUUCGAGC